CACAUUACCGCCAAACUCUGCUUUUAAUUUUAAUACUUGGGCAUUUUGCACAAGUUAAUAGCAAUUAUGGAGUGUCCGCGCAGCCCCGUUUUUCAUACGAGUGUUGAGCAAAAACGACACGCACAAAACGUAGCCAGAAAACAGCGCAUGGGCUCUACAAAAUUGCGGGAGUUGCUUCGCGAGAAAUGCCGCAUACGUGUUUUAAAUGCACGUCGAGAAUGCUUGGAUCAAAGCCGUAGCUUACACCUGUCAGAAUUUAACGACUUGUUGCUGUUGGAGCUGAAGGAACUGCAGUUGGACAUUGAACUGGAUGAAAAGGUGCGUGAAGAACUGCUGGCGGAGAUGAAUGAAUGGCACGCAUUGGAAAUGCAGGAAUUAGAGAAUAUGUAUGCAGAAGAAACGGAUGAGGAUACGACCACUGUAAUCUGUCCUGUGUGUUUAAAGAAACCGCUGCAACGUCUUCCACCGGCAUCAUACAAAUGCGAGUGUGGUGUGCGGUUUGAGCAUGCGGCAGAUAUACAAAAGCUGCGCCGAUUGCUUCAGGAGAAGAUUGACGCACACGAGCUGAGCUGCACGCAGGCGUUGCGUUUCUUUAUCGAGCCUGUUAUGAACGAAAUGAGUUUGGCAGCUAUGUGCGGUAGCUGUGAUUAUAUGUGUACGAUUUAAUCGGAGGACAGCAGAUUAUUUAAAUAGUAUAGUAUGUUGAUAUAUUUGUAUUGCAUGAAAUUAUUCAAUGCUUUAUAGCUGUCCGCAUGUGAUUCUCGCUUCAAAAUGAUUAUCUGUGUUAAAGAAGCACGUCGUCGAACCAAAUUUAUGAAAUGCUAUUAAUUAUAGUUGUAAGCAAUUGUAAA